AUGAGCAAAGCAUUGAAAAAACUCGAGUGGCUUGUAAUCAUUUACGAUAAGCCGAUUAAUCAGAGACUUAAGUUUAGACCCCAACACUUUCAGAAUUUUCCGAAAUUGUUGGAGAGCGGAAAUGUCACAAGUGCUGGGCCUGUCUUCAAAGACGACGAGAGAACGCAGUUUGCUGGAUCAGCUUUCACGAUUGCCGCUGAAAAGAAGUCUGAUGUCAUUGACUUGUUGAAAAAGGACGUUUAUGCCAAAGAAGAUGUGUGGGAUUUCGACAACGUUAUCAUUCACCCAUACACGCCAGUGGUGAGGACUCUCAAGGAAUUUCCCCAAUGA